AUGGAGAUAAGAGUCGAAUUGUCAGUGCUAGAUUCGACAGUACCAACAACAUUGGUGGAUAUGACUAGACUCAUUGUUCGAAAAACACCUCUGUAUUCUCACUACGAUCAAUUAAAAUCACAGUACUAUAGUGCUGCUUCGACUAAACUCGAAGAAAACUUAGCGAACUAUAUCGCAGACGGAACUAGGUCUACAUUAAAUGAUUGGAGCAAACGACAACAAGUAUUUGAAAGAACUGAUUGUAUAGCUCCUAUGGUUCAAACAUUGUUAGACGAAACACGCAAAAUACCUUCCAGGAUCAGAGAAUCGUACGUUCGGCAAUGGAGACGGUCUCUAGUAAGACGAGCCUUGGCCAUGAUAAAGUUUGUACAGGAUGAAACGUAG